UUCCAGAAGCAAAAGAAAGAGAGUCCCAGCCCCACACAGUCAUGGAAAAAUAAGGAUUUCCAACAAAAAUUCACACAGCUUCUACUUCUACACAAAUCUAAACCCAGAGGCUAUGAUUUUCCACUCUGGAUGAAGAAACAUGAGGGUACAAAUGAUCAAAAACAUUUGAUUGAGGUCAUAGACAUAUUUGGCCCAGGCCCAGGUACACAGGAAGAGGCUCUCACAGUCGUACUGCAUGGGGUUGCUGGAAUCGGGAAGUCAACCCUGGCCAGGCAAGUGAGGAGAGCCUGGGAGGAAGGCAGGCUGUACAGGGACCGCUUCCAGUAUGUCUUCUACUUCAACUGCAGAGACCUGGCCCAGUCCAGGACACUGAGUCUCCCUGAGCUCAUCUCAAAAGACUGGGAUGGCCCUGCAGCUCCCAUUGGACAGAUCCUGUCUCAGCACAAGAAGCUGCUCUUCAUUCUUGACAACUUGUAUGAACCAAAAUGGAACUUGGAGCAGCACAGUUCUGAGCUCAGUCUGCACUGGAGCCAGCAGCAGGAGGUGCACACACUGCUGGGCAGUUUGCUGAAGAAAACCUUACUUCCUUGGGCUUUCCUGCUCAUCACAGCUCGGAUCACAGCUCUGGGGAAGUUCAUUCCUUCUUUAAAGCAGCCACGCUGGGUGGAGGUCCUGGGAUUCUCUGAGUCAGCCAGGAGGGGCUAUUUCUACACAUACUUCACAGAUGAAAGCCAAGCAGUUAGAGCCUUCAGCUCAGUCGAAUCAAACCCAGCACUCUUGACCAUGUGUGUCAUGCCCUUGGUGUCCUGGCUGGUCUGCACUUGCCUGAAGCAGCAGAUGGAUCAGGGGCAAGAACUCUCACUGACCUGCCAGAUGACCACUGCCCUCUGUCUGCACUACUUUUUCCACAUUCUCCAAGCUCAGUCUCUCAGGACUAAACUGUGGGACUUCUGCUCUCUGGCUGCUAAGGGCACCAGGCAAGGAAAGACCCUAUUCAGCCCUGAGGACCUCAGAGAAAAUGGGUUAGAUGAGGACAUCACCUCCACUCUCUUAAAGAUGGGUGUUCUUCAGAAGUACCCCACCUCUCUGAGCUACAGCUUCAUUCACCUGUGUUUCCAGUUCUUUGCAGCAAUGUUCUGUGCUUUAGGAGAUGAGGAGUUAAUAAACAUCAGAAGCAUGAGAGACUUGACAGAGGGAUAUAAGAUGGAGGACAUGUUUGGGGACCCAACCACAUGUUUCCUAUUUGGCCUUUUGAGUGAGCAAGGGAUGAGAGAGAUGGAGAACAUCUUCAAAUGUCAGCUGUCUCAGGAGAGGCAUUACAUGCUGCUGCAAUUGGCCAAGAAAGAGGUCAACCACACACAGCAGAGUCUACAUCCAUAUUGUUGGCACUUGCUCCACUCUUUUUAUGAGAUUCAGAAUGAAAGUUUUCUGAUAAAAGCGAUAUCCAGUGUCCCUGAAAUGAGGAUAUGUGUCCAAACUGACAUGGAGCUCCUGGUAUUCUCUUUCUGCAUUAAAUCCAGCCAGCUUGUGAGGUGGCUUCAACUGAAUGAGGGUGGACCACACAGACAAGCACAAAAACCUUCAGGUGUCAUUCUGUCCAGCUUGAGCCCAUUUACAGAUGCCUGGUGGCAGAUUUUCUUCUUCAUUUUCUAUGUUGAUGGGAGCCUGCAGGAGCUGGACCUGAGUGGAAACUUCCUGAGCUGCUCUGCAGUACAUACUCUCUGUGAGGCCCUGAAAUGUCCUCACUGCCACCUGAAGACCCUGAGGUUCAGUGACUGUGGCUUCACCCCAGAGGUCUGCCAGGAACUGGCCUGUGGGCUGAGCACCAACAGGAGCCUGACCCAGCUGGACCUGAGUUUCAACAAGUUCCUGGAUAUCAGAGCCCAGCACCUUUUCCAGAAACUGAAAGCGUCCACCUGCAAGCUGCAGCAAUUACUGCUGAUCAGAUGUGGCCUCACCUCUGGCUGCUGCCAGGACCUGGCUUCCAUGCUCAAUGACAGCCCCAGCCUGACAGAGCUGGACCUGCAGCAGAACGACCUGGGUGACCUUGGUGUGAAGCUGCUCUGUGAAGUGCUCAGGAAGCCCACCUGCCAACCCAGGCUGCUGCACGUGGAUAAGACCCAGCUGAGUGACAAGGUGAAAAAGAUACUGAGGGACCUGAAGCAGGAGAACCUUCACCUUGGAUCUUAUCCACAGACAGGGGCCAGAAGUGAAUGCACUGAAGCAGCUUCCUCAGAGAUCUCAAGGAAUAUGAGUGCCUCUCUGCCCAGGAAGAAAAGACUGAGUUUCCCUAAAGAGGACCCAGUGACUGAAGAUGACUUCUGGGGCCUCACAGGGCCUGUGGCUACAGAAGUGCUCAACAAAGACAAGAGUCUGUACCUAGUUCACUUCCCCAUGGCUGGCUCCUACCAUUGUCCCAACACGGGUCUCCACUUUAUAGUGAGAAGGCCAGUGACCAUUGAGAAUGAAUUCCAUGCCUGGAGACAGUUCCUGGACCAGAUUGUCCCACAGCACAGCUGGAUGGUGGCAGGGCUUCUCCUUGACAUCAAGGCGCAACCAGGAGCUGUGGCAGCUGUGUACCUCCCUCACUUUAAAGAUCUCCAAGGAAAAAAUAUGAACAUGUCCUGGUUCCAAGUGGCCAACAUGAAAGAGGAGGGGAUAGUCCUGGAGAAACCAGCCAGGGUGGAGCUCCACUAUGUAGUCCUGGAGAACCCCAGCUUCUCCCCCAUUGGAGUUCUACUGAGAAUUAUCUACACUGCCCUGCCCAUUCCCAUUGCCUCCAAUGUGCUGCUCUACCAUCAGCUCCAGCAUGAGGAAAUGACCUUCCACCUCUACCUGAUUUCCAACAACUGCUCCAUUUGCAAGGCCAUAGGUGAUAAAGAAAGGAAGUUCCAAUUUGUGCGACUACACAAGCCACCUCCGCUGAGCUCGCUCUACAUGGGCUCCCGAUACACCGUGUUUGCUUCACAGGAGAUGGUAAUAAUCCCUCAGGAACUGGAGCUCUCCUAUCAGAGUCCUGGGAAUGCCCAGCUCUUCUCUGAGUUACACGUUGGGCAUUUGAGGUCAAAGAUCAGCCUGUACCUAAGACAGAAGGAAGGUGGAACUCCAGUAUGGGAGGCCUUGGUGAAAUCAGGAGACCUCAGACCUGAAGCUACUCUGGUCCCUGCACACCAUACAGGUGCCCCAGCUCAGCUGCACUUUGUGGACCGGCAUCAGGAGCAGCUGGUGGCUCGAGUGACUUUGGUGGACCAAGUCCUGGACAAGCUAUAUGGACAAGUGCUGAACCAUGAGCAGUAUCAGAAGGUGCGGGCUGAGUGCACCAAUCCAGAUAAGAUGAGGAUGCUAUUCAGCUUCAGCAGCUCCUGGAACAAGAACUGCAAAGAUAAACUCUACCAAGCCCUGAAGGAGUCUGACCUUCACCUGAUUAUGGAUAUCUGGGAGGGGUGGGGCCAUGGAGGAGAACCGGGAAGGCUCCUCACCUGA